AUGUUCAAGCCAGCCCUGGCUGCUGAAGCGCUGAGGCCCUUCUUUGAGUCCAGAACCAGGGUGCACAUCUCCCGCAUUGGCGACGGCCUCUACCUCUCAGACUGGAUCGCGGCUCGUGACUACCGAACCAUCCACCUUCACAACAUCACCGCGGUCGUGUCAGUGACCAAUGCGAGAGACCACAGGUGGCGGUGGCCCCAAUAUGAAAUGCUGGUGCCUCCGGAGCAUCAUCUUUUUAUUCCGGCGUUAGAUAACCUGACGCAGGAUCUCUUGGUUCAUCUAGAGGAGAUAUGCGACUUCAUUGACUGGCAUCUAGCCAAGCCGCCUGAACCUGCUCGGAUCCUACCCCCGGCGAACCGCAUUGGCUCGGUUCAUCAGCUGGAGCAUGAUCCCAACGUCGAGGUGCUUCCACAGGUCCUCAUCCAUUGCCAGAUGGGCGUCUCACGCUCCGCCACAGUGAUGAUCGCGUACCUAAUGAGGAAGCUUGGCCAUUCUAUGGCGCGGGUGCUGCGGGACGUCAGAAGAAAGCGGAACAUCAACCCGAACGUGAAUUUCCUGGAGCAGCUGAAGGUUUGGGAGGAUACAAGCUAUCAGAUAUGGGCUGACAAGGACAACAAGGUCCCGAAGGAGGCGUACAGAGUAUUCCUGCAAGGAAGGGCCAAGAGGCUGGAGGCGAAUGGACUGACUGGCGACGAGCCGGUCUGCUUGUUCUAG